AUGCAGGGGACCACGCCCGCGAAGGACCCCGAGCCACUCAGGCCCCCAGGGCCAUGCCCCCCCCAGCACCGCAGCCAGGGCCUGUGGCUCCCGGAGCCUGGGGAGCUGAGUGCCUCUACGGCCUUCUUUGGCAGAAGAGGAAACCGAGACCCAGGAAAGCGUCUUACACCAACCAGCUCAGCCCGGGGUGAUGGCCGCACCCGCCUGAAGACCCCGUGCCUGUCCAGCAACAGACGAGGGGUCUACCCUGCACUGCCCACUAAAGCCUCAGGCAGCCUCGGUCUGCAGGAAACAGGGCCAGGGGCAGGGGCUCGGCUCCAGAAGGGCACGAAGGCUCCAGCGGCAGGCGGGACUGUGGGAACCGCCCAGGCCGCGCCUUCCCUCUCGGAGGAGCCCACAGCCCGGGGGCCGCCCGUGAGCUCCGGGCCGGUGUCCCCAGCCCGGCCGCAGCCUGGCGGCUUCUCCGCGCUCCGCGCGCCCGCAGAGGAGGGCAGCAGUGGGGCCCAGCCUGCGGCCUGGCCCGCCCUCCGUGACCCCCCCACCCCCCGCGCCUCGGGCAAGGUCGGUGCGGCCUCGGCGGCUCCCCAGCCCUGCGGGGCCGAAAGCGCGCGGGGCUUCCCCUCCGCGGCCGGGCCUGGCGCCACGCAGGUGGGCCUGGGGCGCGCCCUGCCCUCCCUCGGCCGCGCCACAGGUGCGGCCCCGCCCUUCCGCCCGCCUCCCUCCCACCCGGCUCCUCCCCACCCGGCUCCAGUGCCGCGGUGGCCUGCGGCUGGCCCUCGGGCCGGCCCUGCGCUCGCCCUCCGCGUGCGGCCUCCCCCGGCGGCUCCUCCAAGAGCCGGGCGGCGGGACCCUCGCGGAGCCCAGCGCCCGGCGGCCCGCUGGAGGAGGGGCGGCGCCCGGCCAGUCAUCGUCACCGUGGACCCCCGAGUCCUGCUCGCUCCCCACACAGCGACCCUCGGAGCCGGGACCCCGCCAGGCGCCCCCGCGCCAGAACCAGGCCCCUACCGCACCACACCCCCGAUUCCGGCCCCGCCCCCGCCCCGAGGCCCCGCCCCGUCCACGCCCCCAGCCCUCAUUGGUUCUCCCCCCGGGACUCCGCCCCCGGCCUGGGGCCCUGCCCUCGUUCCCGUCGCCCCCAGCGCCGCACGGCUCCGCCCCCCGCCCCUGCGUGAGUUCGGACCGCCUCUCCACCCCUCGCGCUCCCGCCCCCCGCCCCUGCCGGCUCCCACGUCGCCUCCAACCCUCACGGCUCCGCCCUCAGCCGGAUUCCCGCCCGUGUUUACGUCGCCCCGCCCCCUCGCGGCCGCGCCCCCGGUCCCUGCCCGCGUUCACGUCGCCCCCAGCGCCGCACGGCUCCUCCCCGCACGCUGCCCGUCGGUUCUGCCCCUGAGCUAG